AUGGCUUCCAAAAAAAAAAUUGGUAGGAAAUCUUCACGUUCCAGAAAGGAGUUUGCUCAAUCAAACAACUGGUCCGACUAUUCUACAGGCAGCACUCCGUACUACUCUGAUGACUUUGAAGUCAAUGUAAACCACGACCAAGGUUUUCACCCAAACCCUCCACCCACUAUGUCGCCGUCCAUUGAAAUCCAAGAGAGGUCAGCCAAUAUUGUUUUGCAUGAACUCUCUUCUGACACCAGCGAUGCGGAGGAACAACAAAGAAUGGGAGGCAAGAAAUGUGGGGACGGGGAGGAAGACUACACCGACUUCGGUGCUUCCCCAUAUGCAUCUGAGGAGGCACAACCAUCGUCGCCGCUAUUGACGGUGAUAUAUCCACAACUCUUCCAACACUAUACCAUGAGCAAACUCGAUGACAUCGAAAUCAGACAAAUGGAGUGCAAUAAGAAAAUAGAUCGCCUGUCUUCUCAGAUGGCUGCCUACUUCAAUGGUGCUGGUCCCAAACCUACUCCAUCCACAACAGGUCCAUCUACUGGAAUCAACAACGGACUGGAUUUGGCAGAUUAUGAGGACCCAACUGUGUUGGAUAAGGAAGGAGAGGGAAAUUUUUCAAAGUUUAGAAUCUUUGAAAACCCACUAGAAUUGAGUAAGAACACCCUAAUAGGCCAUGUUUUUGAGACACUGGACCUUGCAGAGGAAUUUAUAUAUGCAUAUGGAAGAGUGAUUGGAUUUAGCAUUCGAAAAGGUCACAUGAGGAAGAAUAGCGCUGGCCAGAUUCGCGAGCGAGAGUGGGUGUGCUCUAGGGAAGGGUCUAGGUUAGAGGCAAAUUUAAAUAGGCAGGAUAAAAAAACGGAACUGAAGAAAAUUACCAGAGUCCAUUGUAAGGUUGUAUUCCGGGUUAAUCUGAUUAAGUGUAGUGGUAAAUGGAGUUGCAAGGAGUUCUCAACAGAUCACUCACAUCCGGUCACCAUCAAUGACCACAAGCAGUUUCUACGGUCCAACAGGUUUGUGUCACCUGGUGAUCUUCAGCAGGCAAAGUCAAUGAAGGAUGCAGGUGUUAGAACAUGCCACAUAAUGUCGUACAUGGCCGACAAGGUGGGGGUUUAUCAUAAAUUGUCGUUCACGGUGAAAGACCUGUACAAUCGUAUGUCUGCUGCAACAAAUGUGCAGUUUGCAGGAUCGGACGCGGGUCGUGCUGUCGGGUAUCUAGAGCAUAAAGCUGAUCACGAUCCGAGAUUUUAUGGAAUAUUCUCGUACGACAACAAAAGACGACUUUUGAACUUGUUUUGGGCGGAUGGGAAGUCAAGACUGGACUAUGAGAUGUAUGGACAUGCAAUCGCAUUUGACUCAACAUAUAAGACCAAUAGUUAUGGCAAACCGUUACUUGUAUGGGUGGGAGUCAACAACCAUUUCAGGACUACCAUACUAGGCCUUGCAAUUCUCGCAAACGAGUCUGCAAGCAGCUACAUGUGGGCGACACGAGCCUUUUUAGAAUGUAUGGAUGAGGCUCAACCCAAAACAGUUGUCAUCGAUGGCGAUGAGGCGAUUGCAACAGAAGGAGGGGAUAGUUCUUUGAUCCCAAAUGCAACCCACCGCCUUUGUUAUUGGCAUAUGCACAACAAAGUUGUUAAGAAGGUGAAAGACCCAAGUUUCAGCGAAAGCCUAACAAAGCUCGUGUUCAAGUAUUAUGAUGUUGACGAGUUUGAGGAUAAAUUCAGUGAAGUUAUGAUACAGUAUGGGUUGCAAGGAAAGAAGUAUGGUGCUAAAUUGUACAAUACAAGACAUAAAUGGGCAGAGACCUACUUGAGAGGGAACUUUUUCUGUGGCAUGUCAACCACCCAACGUAACGAAGGUAUUAAUGCCGUUCUGAAGAAAAAAUUGAACCAGAAGUUGAAGCUAUAUGAAUUUUUUAGGGCCCUUGACAUGGCCCUUUCAUGGGUUAGGCAUCGCGAAGCAACCGAUGAUUAUGAGUCACUGCACACAUCACCACAAUUAGGAGUGACGAACUUACCAGUUAUGGAGGAAGAACUUUCAAGGAUAUAUACAAAGAAUAUGUUUUUUAAGGUUAGACGACAAAUGUCAAAGGAAGGCCAGUACACUGUACUCACAAAAACCAUCAUGGAGGGUGCUAUAAUGAUGAAACUACACAAGUUUCGUCGGGGACCAAGCCGAGCAGUCUAUGCAACUUUUGAUCAUGACUUUUUUUGGACAAUUGAAGCUCGGUCGGGAGAGAGUUCAAUCUGGAAUGAUAGUUGUAUUCAUAUUGAUAAAACCACCCUCCAAAAGGAUAGGUUUGGACAAAUAAGUAAUCGAAUGAAUGAGGUUGCCUUCCUCUCGAGUAGGACCGACUAUGCACAUCGUAUUGCUACACUCGAAAUUGAUCGAAUUUGUGCAACAUUCAAAGAAGCUUUAGUGAUUGGUGGAGAUAGUUGCACGUCCAACCUCCCUAUGCAUAGGGCGUCCCAGUUCAUUGUGCAAGACCCAGAAUUCACCAAAUCUAAGGGGACUGGGAGAAUAGCAGGAACAAGAAAUAGUGUCGGUAGGAAAUGUAGUUUAUGCAAGAAGGCUGGUCACAACAAGUUAACAUGCCCCAAAAGACUGAAGGGAAAGGAACCGUGUGUCUAUUAUGAAGAUUCCGAAAAUGAAGAAGAUGACGAAUAUGCUAAUCAUGAAGAGGGCAGUCAUCAAUGGACAGAAAACAAAACAUUCAAUUUUGAAGAAGAUGAAGUGGGAGGCAGUCAAGGAAGAGAGUUUGACUUCAAAGCUUAG